UGUCAGUUCGGGGAGAUGGAGGAAAAUGGCCGCCAGGUGGAGGGCGACUCGCUGAAAGCCGCGGUCUCUCCCUUUCUCGUGUUCUGACAGCGCCUGCGGCAAAGCGGGCCCUUUCCGCCCGAGGUGUUGGCGCCGUCGUCGGGCCGGGUUGUGAGACGAUAUUGGAAUAAAGAAGACUGUAGCUUUCUGUGAAGAUGUCAGUUUUGAUAUCACAGAGUGUAAUAAAUUAUGUGGAAGAAGAAAAUAUCCCUGCUUUGAAAGCUCUUCUUGAAAAAUGCAAAGAUGUAGAUGAGAGAAAUGAGUGCGGCCAGACUCCUUUGAUGAUAGCUGCUGAACAAGGCAAUCUGGAAAUAGUGAAAGAAUUAAUCAAGAAUGGAGCUAAUUGCAAUUUGGAAGAUUUGGAUAACUGGACAGCGCUUAUAUCAGCAUCAAAAGAGGGGCACCUGCACAUUGUGGAAGAACUGCUGAAAUGCGGGGUCAACUUGGAGCACCGUGACAUGGGAGGAUGGACGGCCCUCAUGUGGGCGUGUUAUAAAGGCCGCACUGAGGUGGUGGAGUUGCUUCUUUCUCACGGUGCCAACCCAAGCGUCACUGGUCUGCAGUACAGUGUUUAUCCCAUCAUUUGGGCAGCAGGGAGAGGCCAUGCAGAUAUAGUGCAUCUUUUGCUGCAAAACGGUGCUAAAGUCAACUGCUCUGAUAAGUAUGGAACCACCCCUUUGGUUUGGGCUGCACGAAAGGGCCAUUUGGAAUGUGUCAAACAUUUAUUGGCCAUGGGAGCUGAUGUUGAUCAAGAAGGAGCCAAUUCAAUGACUGCACUUAUUGUGGCAGUAAAGGGAGGCUACACACAGUCUGUAAAAGAAAUUUUGAAGAGGAAUCCAAACGUGAAUUUGACAGAUAAGGAUGGGAACACAGCUUUGAUGAUUGCGUCAAAAGAGGGACAUACAGAAAUUGUGCAGGAUCUACUUGAUGCUGGGACCUAUGUGAACAUACCUGACAGGAGCGGAGAUACUGUGUUAAUUGGGGCUGUCAGAGGUGGUCACGUGGAAAUUGUUCGAGCACUUCUCCAAAAAUAUGCUGAUAUAGACAUCAGAGGACAGGACAAUAAAACUGCUUUGUACUGGGCUGUUGAGAAAGGAAAUGCAACAAUGGUGAGAGACAUCUUACAGUGCAAUCCAGACACUGAGAUAUGCACAAAGGAUGGUGAAACACCUCUUAUAAAGGCUACCAAGAUGAGAAAUAUUGAAGUAGUCGAGCUGCUGCUCGAUAAAGGGGCCAAAGUGUCUGCUGUGGACAAGAAAGGAGACACCCCUUUGCAUAUUGCUAUUCGUGGGAGGAGUCGGAAACUGGCAGAACUUCUUUUAAGAAACCCCAAAGAUGGACGGUUACUUUACAGGCCCAACAAAGCAGGCGAGACCCCCUACAACAUUGACUGUAGCCAUCAGAAAAGUAUUUUAACUCAAAUAUUUGGAGCCAGACACCUGUCCCCCACCGAGACCGGCGGGGACGUGCUGGGCUACGAUCUGUACAGCAGCGCCCUGGCAGACAUCCUCAGUGAGCCCACCAUGCAGCCGCCCAUCUGCGUGGGGCUGUACGCGCAGUGGGGGAGCGGAAAGUCCUUCUUACUCAAGAAACUGGAAGAUGAAAUGAAAACUUUUGCAGGACAACAGAUUGAACCUCUUUUCCAGUUCUCAUGGCUGAUAGUGUUUCUGACCCUGCUGCUUUGUGGAGGGCUUGGUUUAUUGUUUGCUUUUAUGGUGGACCCAAAUCUUGGAAUAGCGGUGUCAUUGAGCUUCUUGGCUGUCUUAUAUAUAUUUUUUAUUGUCAUUUACUUCGGUGGGCGAAGAGAAGGAGAGAGUUGGAAUUGGGCGUGGGUCCUCAGUACUAGGUUGGCAAGACAUAUUGGCUAUUUGGAGCUCCUCCUCAAGCUGAUGUUCGUGAACCCACCCGAACUGCCGGAGCAGACCACUAAAGCUUUACCUGUGAGGUUUUUGUUUACAGAUUAUAACAGGUUGUCCAGUGUGGGUGGAGAAACAUCACUGGCCGAAAUGAUUGCAACCCUCUCGGAUGCUUGUGAAAGAGAGUUUGGCUUUCUGGCAACCAGGCUUUUUCGAGUUUUCAAGACUGAAGAUACGCAGGGUAAAAAGAAAUGGAAAAAAACGUGCUGCCUCCCGUCUUUUGUCAUCUUCCUCUUUAUCUUUGGCUGCAUUAUUGCCGGAAUUACUCUUCUGGCUAUCUUCAGAGUCGACCCGAAACACCUGACAGUGAACGCUGUCCUCAUAUCAGUUGCGUCUGUAGUGGGGUUGGCCUUUGUGCUGAAUUGUCGUACGUGGUGGCAGGUGCUGGACUCUCUCCUGAAUUCUCAAAGGAAACGCCUCCAUAAUGCUGCCUCCAAACUGCACAAGUUGAAAAGUGAAGGAUUCAUGAAAGUUCUUAAGUGUGAAGUGGAAUUGAUGGCCAGGAUGGCAAAAACCAUUGACAGCUUCACUCAGAAUCAGACAAGGCUGGUGGUUAUCAUUGAUGGGCUGGACGCCUGCGAGCAGGACAAAGUGCUCCAGAUGCUGGACACCGUCCGGGUUCUCUUUUCAAAAGGCCCAUUCAUUGCCAUUUUUGCAAGUGAUCCACAUAUCAUUAUAAAGGCCAUUAACCAGAACCUCAACAGCGUGCUCCGGGACUCAAAUAUAAAUGGGCAUGACUACAUGCGCAACAUCGUCCAUUUGCCUGUUUUCCUCAACAGUCGUGGACUAAGCAGUGCGAGAAAGUUUCUCGUAACUUCGACGACUAAUGGAGAUAUUCCGUGCUCGGACAGUACAGGGGUACAGGAGGACGCUGACAGAAGAGUGUCACAGAACAGCCUUGGGGAGAUGACAAAGCUCGGUAGCAAGACGGCCCUCAACAGACGGGAUACUUACCGAAGAAGGCAGAUGCAGCGGACCAUCACACGGCAGAUGUCCUUUGAUCUUACCAAACUGCUGGUUACGGAGGACUGGUUCAGUGACAUAAGUCCUCAGACCAUGAGAAGAUUACUGAAUAUUGUUUCUGUGACAGGGCGAUUACUGAGAGCCAAUCAGAUAAGUUUCAACUGGGACAGGCUUGCUAGCUGGAUCAACCUUACUGAGCAGUGGCCGUACCGAACCUCGUGGCUCAUAUUAUAUUUGGAAGAGACUGAGGGUGUUCCAGAUCAAAUGACGUUAAAAACCAUCUAUGAAAGAAUAUCAAAGAAUAUUCCAACAACUAAAGAUGUCGAGCCACUGCUUGAAAUAGAUGGAGAUAUAAGAAAUUUUGAAGUGUUUUUGUCUUCAAGGACUCCAGUUCUUGUGGCUCGAGAUGUAAAAACCUUUUUGCCAUGCACUGUAAAUCUGGACCCCAAACUACGGGAAAUUAUUGCAGAUGUUCGCGCUGCGAGAGACCAGAUCAGCAUCGGAGGACUUGCCUACCCCGCGCUGCCUUUACACGAAGCGCCCCCUCGGCCACCGUCGGGCUACAGCCAGCCUCCGUCCGUUUGUUCCUCCUCCGCUUCCUUCAAUGGGCCGUUUGGAGGUGGGGUUGUGUCUCCACAGCCCCCCAGCAGCUACUACAGUGGCAUGACGGGGCCCCAGCACCCAUUCUACAACAGGCCAUUCUUUGCCCCAUACCUUUACACGCCAAGGUGUUACCCUGGCGGUUCCCAACAUCUCAUCUCACGUCCAUCAGUAAAAACGAAUUUGCCCAGAGAUCAGAGCAAUGGCCUAGAGGUUAUCGAGGAGGACGCUGCCGAGGGGCUUUCUUCGCCCACAGGCUCCUCGAGGGGGUCAGGCCCAGCCUCAGGAACAGUUUCAUCACUGAAUUCAAUGAAUGUGGAUGCAGUUUGUGAGAAACUGAAACAAAUAGAGGGGCUGGACCAGAGCAUGCUGCCUCAGUACUGUGCGACCAUCAAAAAGGCGAACAUCAAUGGCCGUGUGUUGGCUCAGUGUAACAUUGAUGAAUUGAAGAAGGAAAUGAAUAUGAAUUUUGGAGACUGGCAUCUUUUUAGAAGCACAGUCCUGGAAAUGAUUAUUAUUUUCUUGUCUUUACAGUCGCAAACCCGCAGAACCCCAAGUCUUUCGAGUCUCAAUUCCCAGGAUUCCAGUAUUGAAAUUUCAAAGCUUACUGAUAAGGUGCAGGCCGAGUAUAGAGAUGCCUAUAGAGAGUACAUUGCUCAGAUGUCCCAGUUAGAAGGGGGCCCAGGCUCCACAGUCAGUGGCAGGUCUUCUCCGCACAGCACGUACUAUAUGGGUCAGAGUUCGUCAGGGGGCUCCAUUCACUCGAACCUAGAACCAGAGAAAGGGAAAGAUAGUGAGCCAAAGCAAGAUGAUGGAAGGAAGCCCUUUUUCAUGAAGAGGGGAGACGUUAUAGACUAUUCCUCAUCAGGCGUUUCCACUAACGAUGCCUCGCCCCUGGAUCCCAUCACUGAAGAAGACGAAAAGUCAGAUCAGUCAGGCAGUAAGCUGCUCCCAGGCAAGAAGUCCUCAGAAAGGUCGAGUCUCUUCCAGACAGAUCUGAAGCUGAAGGGCAGUGGGCUGCGCUAUCAGAAACUCCCAAGUGAUGAGGAUGAAUCUGGGACAGAAGAAUCCGACAACACUCCGCUGCUCAAGGACGACAAGGACAGAAAGGCCGAGGGGAAAGUCGAGAGAGCGCCGAAGUCUCCAGAACACGGCGCAGAGCCCAUCAGAACCUUCAUCAAGGCCAAAGAGUACCUGUCGGACGCCCUCCUGGACAAAAAGGACUCGUCUGACUCCGGAGUGCGGUCCAGCGAGAGCUCCCCCAACCACUCUCUCCACAACGAGGCGGCCGACGACUCCCGGCUUGAGAAGGCCAACCUCAUCGAGCUGGAAGAUGACAGCCACGGCGGGAAGCGGGGGCUGCCGCGCAGCCUGAGCGGCCUGCAGGACCCCGCUGUGGCUCGCAUGUCCAUUUGUUCCGAAGACAAGAAGAGCCCUUCCGAGUGCAGCUUGAUAGCUAGCAGCCCGGAGGACAGCUGGCCCGCCUGCCAGAAGGCCUACAACCUCAACCGCACACCCAGCACCGUGACCCUCAACAACAACAGCGCUCCGGCCGGCAGAGCCAGCCAGCACUUUGAUGAAAUGGAGGGGAUUAGGGAGGCUUCCCAAGCCAUCCUGAGGUCUGGUUCCAGCUCCCACUCAACUGCUAUUCAGAAUGAGAAUCUGAAAAGUAUGACACAUAAGCGAAGCCAGCGUUCCAGUUACACAAGGCUCUCAAAAGAUUCUUCAGAGCUCCAUGCAGUGGCCUCUCCUGAUAGUUCAGGCUUUGGAGAAGAAAGAGAAAGCAUUCUUUAAGAAAAACAAGCAGAAGUAGUGUAGGAUUAUUAUACCCCCGUGGCACAGUUGACUUGAGUCCUGGCGUGAACCCGUCCACGCACGUCAUCUCUGUACAUUUCACUAGCACGCGGUUAGUGCGCGAGAAGGCCUUCCCGUGUGCUGUCCGAGAGAGGGUUCCCGCGUCAGCCUCUGUUGUCUUUGUAGUGAGCGCCUUAAACCCCACCGUUGUCAUCAUACCUUUCACUGGCAGAUAAUCCCAGACAAGAUGGGAGUAUAAAGAUAGGUCGGAAAUAUUAAGUAUAAAAGGACUUAAUUUGCCAGCAAAACGAAAAGCUAGUGAUUCCUUUUAUAGAACACUAAUGCAUUAACAUUUGAUGGAAAGCAUGAUGUUAAAUGAACCAGAAGCACAUUUUGCUCUUAAGGAGUGAAAGGUCAGGAUUUAUAGGUCAUGGAGUAGCCUAGAGACUGAAGGUUAAUGCUCUGUGAGUUCUACAUAAUAGACAAACUGCUUAUCAAAGAGUUUUAAAUGUUUAA